AUGACGAAAAGUAACCCAGAUCCUUAUGUGUUCUCGAAGAGCUUCGAAGAGGCCCACGACGAACCGGUGGUGAUGUUGCAAUCCUCUGGCUCCACAGGGCCUCCAAAAUUGAUUACAAUAACUCACGGAUCCCUCUCUACUCUUGAUUAUCAUCAUAGCCUCCCAGAGGUCCCUGAGCGUAAGAAGAGAGACUGGGCCAUAUGGACGUUCGAAGGGGAAGCCCGUGUUUAUACCGUGUUCCCAUUCUUCCAUCUGGCUGGUUUCCUACUAAGUGUCCAUGCCACUGUAUUCAACAACACCUCAAUAGUGCUGGGGCCUCCAAACGUAAUUCCCGAUGGAAUUCUUCUCAAGAAUAUAAUGCUGCAGCAGAAAUUACGAGCUAUGUUUCUUCCCCCAUCGGUAGUCGAAGAAAUGCUUGUUGAUCCCGGCGCAAUCCAAUUUUUCAAGGACCUAGAUUUCCUUGCUUACAGCGGGGCACCUUUCAAUCCCAAGACAGGAGACGAGCUCAGCAAAGUUGUCGAACUAGUUUCACCUUACGGUGCUACCGAGACUUUCGUCAUUCCUAAGUUGGCCGUAGAACGCGAGGACUGGGUAUGGCACGAGUUUAGCCCCUUUUCAAAACAUGAAAUGCGACCUUUUGAUCCUACUGAAGGCACAUACGAAAUGGUCGUGUACGGCGACGAAAGCGCCAAGCACAUUUCUGCCAUUUACCAUAAUCUACCUGGUGUGACAGAGUAUCCCACCAAGGACCUUUUCACUCAGCAUCCAACGAAGCCCAGAUUAUUCAAAUAUUAUGGGCGAAGAGAUGAUAUCAUCGUCCUCGCAAACGGCGAGAAGUUCAAUCCAAUUCCAUUAGAACUUAGCGUUCAGAAACACCCCUCUCUGAAGGGUGUUCUAGUGGUUGGAGAUGGCAGGAUACAAACAGCCAUCAUCGUCGAGCCAAAGGAACCACUUGAUGAGAAAGCGCGAGCCAAGCUAUUGCAUGAUAUCUGGCUAGACAUCGAGGCUUCCAAUACGCUCGCUGCGGGUCCGGGACGUAUCCAUAAGGGAAUGGUUAUUUGCGCCUCGCCGGAUAAACCCUUUACUAGGACGAUCAAGGGCACCAUAGUAAGAAAGCAAACAUCGGAGACCUAUCUCAGUGACAUCGAACGUCUGUAUUUGGAUUGCCCGACCGAUGGUGGGGUCACGGGGCCAGAGCCAAUACUAAAGCCCGUAUUUAGACGCCAAGCUAUUGUGGAUUUCGUAAGAAGUAUACUUGCAAUAUCGUUUGCCGACGGCGCGACUAUAGGUGCAGCGGAAGACUUCUACGCUCACGGACUAGAUUCAAUACAGACUUUGUCGAUUGCUUCGAACCUCCGACGUCUUGUGGGGGCUCAGUCCUCGGCACCUGUCAAUUGGAUUUCGGCGCGUACUAUUUCCAGAAUUCAACCAUCAUUGAACUCUCAAACUGAGACAGGAGCUACCGCGCGUUUCCUACCCUUCGAAGAGUUCCACGGUUGCUUUGGUCGGCUCGACAGGAUACGUGGGCACGUCUAUAAUGAUACGGCUUUUAAGGAACCCCGAUGUUUCGCGGAUCUAUUGCCUCAACAGAGGGGUCGACUCAGAAGAAAGGCAGACAGUAUCCAUGAUAGUGUAGCCCAAUUCCUGCAUAAGGCCACAUACUUGAAGGCUGAGCUUGGGCAACAAUUCUUCGGUCUCACCAAAGACAAGUACGAUCUACUUGCCAAUGAAGUUGAUGCCAUCGUUUACAAUUCAUGGAGGCUCGACUUCGGCCUUGCUAUCCGAUCUUUUAGCCCAUUCUUGCGCGCAACUCGUGACCUAGUCAAUCUUUCAGUAAACAGCAAAAAGGGAAUGCGUAUUACUUUUGUUAGCUCCGUAUCUUCGGUGUCAGCCAUGGCUCAGAGAACUACGGUACCAGAGGCUCCAGUCCAGGAUCCACUGGCCUCUAUGAACACUGCUUAUGCCCAAUCGAAGCUUGCUGCCGAGAGGAUCCUGUCAACUGCAACCGAACGCUUGGGCAUUCCUGUGAAUAUUGUGCGUGUUCCCCAAGUAGGAGGUCCAACUGACGGUUGUCAGUGGCCAGAACAACCAUGGAUAUCGGCUCUAUUGCGGACAUCGAAAACCCUAGGAUAUAUACCAGAGCAAGUCGCGGCAGUUGACUGGACACCUGUGGAUAUUCUUUCCUUUAUGAUGCAUGAUAUCAUCCUUCAGCCAGCUCAGGCUGAGGAUCAGAACCAGAUACGCUUUUAUAAUAUCAGCCACCCAAAGCCGGCGCCGUGGGGACUCUUGAUCAAGGUAGCGGGUGAUCUACUUGACGUCCACAGCACAAUUCCUCUUGGGAAAUGGACGAAGAAGCUUAAAGACAUCGCGAACCCAACAGCUGAGGAUAUUGAGAAGAUGCCAGCGUUGAGAUUAUUGGGUUAUUAUGAAAUGAUGGGUGAUGGAAUGGAAAAUAUGUCCCUCCAGACAGACAAUGCGAUGAGAAAUUUCGAAGGGGAGGUGCCCGCGGUAGACGAGGCGAUGCUUGGAAAUUGGCUACGUAGUUGGAAGUUGUGAAAUUUUUCUGUUAGUCUUAGUGUUCGAUAAUUAAUUGAACAGAAGUUGAACAGGA